UUCAGGGGCUACAACAAAUAUACCGAAGAUACCACAUCACGUGACAGUGAUUCCCUAAUACAAGAAUAUGGCAACAUCUCCACAGACGAAGUUAGCACAUAUUGUUGGCGGCAUCCAAAGGUACGAGAAAAUUGGCGCACUGUCUUGGCCGCUGUUACCCUACUCAUUGUUGGCACUGGACUUUUUGUGAUGGGCACAUUUGCCGUGGCCGAUCCAGCGAAUACAUCACAGGGUGUUGUAUUCUUUGUGGCGGGUCUAAUAUGUUUUAUACCCGGUGCCUAUCAUGUGGUCUAUAUAUGGCUGGCGGCAAAGGGUUAUCGAGGGUUUGAUUUCUAUCAUUUGCCAUUGUUUACAUAA